AUCCGGACGUCCCACGACAGUAUAGGAUCCACAAGACUCUGUCACAGAUUGUUUACAACUACAACUACAGAGGAAAAUGAGCUUCGAGAAGCUCCCCAGUCAGAGGCGGGACCACAGCAGUCUCGGCUCGGUGAUCCAGCUCUUCGCGGCCGGGGUUUUCCUGGUUGCCGUCUGCCUGGUGCUGUGGCAGGGGGCUGAGCUGAGGGAACGCCGGGUCGUGCUGGACCGGGUACUGGACGAAGUCACCCUCCUGAGAGAGCGAGACACCAGGCAGGACCAGGAGAUCGGGUACCUGAAAGUACAGGUUCAUCUUCUGAUGAAAGAAAGAGAGGACGACAAGACGCAGUCCAAGGUCGGUAAAGACACCAUCCAAGACGAUGUUCUUAAGAGACAAGAUGUGACAGCAGAAACAGAAUCGGAGCCGACGGACGGUGUUGUCAAUAUUGACCGAGUUGAUCUGGACGAUGAGUGGGACUUUGACACCCCCUGGCGACUGGAAGGUGAACUGCACGACAGGUCGCGGAGGCAAGCUGGGUGCACCGGGUGUAAGGGAGACAGGGGACCUCGAGGACAGAGAGGACGGCGAGGAAUAAGGGGUGUAGGGGGAAAGCCUGGAGAUCCUGGCCCCCAGGACUGAAGGGGGACACUGGAGAACCCGGACCUAAAGGCAACGAUGGAGAACUCGGACCUAAAGGCGACGAUGGAGAACCCGGGCCUAAAGGCGAUGCUGGGCAGCCAGGACCUAAAGGCGAAACCGGGCAAUCCGGACCUAAAGGCGAAACUGGACAAACCGGACCUAAAGGUGACACAGGAGGACCCGGACCUAAAGGUGACACUGGAGGACCCGGACCUAAAGGCGACGAUGGACAACCCGGACCUAAAGGUGACACUGGAGAACCCGGCCCUAAAGGCGACGAUGGACAACCCGGACCUAAAGGCGAAACCGGACAACCCGGACCUAAGGGUGACACUGGAGGACCCGGACCUAAAGGCGAUGCUGGACAACCCGGACCUAAAGGUGACACUGGAGGACCUGGACCUAGAGGGGUACCAGGACCUAAAGGCGAUGCUGGACAGCCAGGACCUAAGGGCGAAACCGGACAACCUGGACCUAAAGGCGAAACCGGACAACCCGGACCUAAAGGCGACACUGGAGGACCCGGACCUAAAGGUGAAACUGGACAACCCGGACCUAAAGGUGACACUGGAGGACCAGGACCUAAAGGGGUACCAGGACCUAAAGGCGAUGCUGGACAACCAGGACCUAAAGGCGAUUCUGGACAGCCAGGACCUAAAGGUGAAACUGGACAACCCGGACCUAAAGGUGACACUGGAGGACCAGGUCCUAAAGGUGACACAGGAGGACCCGGACCUAAAGGGCUACCAGGACCUAAAGGGGACAAUGGACAACCAGGACCUAAGGGCGAUGCUGGACAGCCAGGACCUAAAGGCGAAACCGGACAACCCGGACCUAAAGGUGACACUGGAGGACCAGGACCUAAAGGCGACACUGGAGACCAAGGAACUCAAGGCCCCCAGCCUGGAAUCCAUCCAAUUCUGGAUUUGUUCUGCUUCAACCAUGGAGGGGUCCCGUGGCUACACUGGUGCCAAGGGACAGAAGGGUGACCAUGGUUCCCGUGGCUACACUGGCUCCAAGGGACAGAAGGGUGAUCGUGGCCUCACCGGUACAUCCAUCCAGGGAGAGAAGGGUGACCUAGGCCCAGUCGGUCCGAAGGGUGAUCGUGGAUUGCCUGGUCCAAAGGGACAGAAGGGGGACCUGGGCCCAGUCGGUCCGAAGGGAUACCGUGGCUACACUGGCUCCAAGGGACAGAAGGGUGACCGUGGCCUCACCGGUGCCACUCCAUCGACAUACGUCCAGAGAUGUGACCUUGGACGCAUAGAUACUGGUCCUAAUAGUUCGCCCCCUGAUCCGACCCAUGAUCUCUUCCAAGGCACGGGAGACCGCAAAAUCUGCAUAACCCAUACCUUCCGUUCCCCCUUCCGCGGUGUACCGAAUGUUCAUCUCGGCUUCGUUCACCUCGACCACCAUUUUGGCCAGGAACGGAUACAUACACAUGUGAGAAAUGUUACAACAGAUGAAGCAGAAGUAUGCAUCAGCACUUGGCAUGAUACGAAAUGGGUGAGGGUAGCGGUGGAUCUCCUUGCUUGUCUCUAAAAA